UUGUCACCGAAUUCAGUGUAUUCACAGUCGUGUCUGCAUACUUUGCUUUAUUGACAUAUUUUUUGUUGGAAAAUAACAAAUAUUCUCAAGUACAGUUCAUUAUUAAUCAUUUUCACGUUAAUUUCCAACAGUUCAUUAAUAAGAUUUGAAUUUUGUGACUUUUAUUUUUUUUUUCGCGUUAAAUAAUUAAGUUGUCUUUCAGUUUUGAGUUCACAUAAAUUUGAACAUGUGUAUAAUGUACAUUUUUAACAGGCUAUGAAAUCUAUCAUGUUCUUUUACGCACUAUUUGUACAAUUGGACGAUGAAAAUUUGACAGGCAAAACUAAUUUACAAUAGAGCAACAGUUUUUCCAACAAAUCCGGAAACUUUAUGGUUUUUUUCACUCAUUUUGAUUGUAUUUACUUAUAUAAUGGGUAGUAAUAUGGAAUUUCAAAAUAAAGUCCAUUAUGAAUUCAUAGAUUUAUCUGACCUUGAUGACAACAUGAAAAGUCAAAUUGAAAACAUACUUCAAUCUGACGUAGGUCCAGAUACUUUAAUGCUACCAUGGUGUUGUAAAGGAAAAAACUACGACUUAUACUCAUUUUUUCCAAAAAAAGUAGUCGAUCCGAUCCACCGUUAUGAAAAUGGUCUGACGAAGGCAUUCACAAAUUUAGAAGUCACAGGGAAAACUGGGAUCGUAACAACACCAGCUCCUGUUUCUUCUUGUCCUGCUGAACCAUUUCGGUUCAUCCAGAAUCAAAACCGUUCCUUAAUAACUAAUAGUAGUGUGCAUCAUAAUAAUGAUGUCAACGUUUCUGAUUCUUAUCCCACUAGGUCGAGUAUCACUUCCAUUACUCCGAUGACUUCUUGUACAAAUAAGGUCAUGUCUUUCUCGUCAGCCAAGCGAGAGGAUAAAAAUGGCCGACAACUCGAUAGUAAUUGUAAUAAUGACAGUAAGCUUUCCUGCCAGCCAAGUGUUCUUCAUAAGCCGCACACUGUCGUGACGCAAGAAUAUUCAGCAUCAAAACAUUCUAUGUAUAUACGUUCGCCACAAUCCAUCAAUCAGCUCAAUAGUCACCCUCGUAAUAAUCCUAGCACUGAAUCAGGCUAUUUAACAAAUUCGUUUGAGCGCACAGGGCAAAAUCAACGAUUGUUAAAAAAUCAUCAGUCCACAAAUGAUCGCUGUGCUUCUCUUCCGUCGUAUUCUCAAUCACCGAACAUCAAUCAUGAUGUUCCUAGGAAUAUUUAUACAACAAUAAACAAUACUGAUCUUGCAGAAUCUUCAGUCCCGAUCAAUGAUUCUGCGCAAGAACACAAUCAAAUUUCAUCUCCGGAAAUCGCUAAAAGAUGUGAGGAUAUGAAAAAUGGAAAUUCUGGGCAUAAUUCGAUACCAGGAACACAAACAAUCGAUGGAGAAGUUGAGCUUCCGUCGAAUUGUUCUGUCUUACCUCGCCCAUUACCACCGCGUCUUUCCUUCGCUAGUAUUUUAAAAAAUAAAAGCACAGAGAAAGAAUCAAACACAACAAAACAGGAUGUACCUGGGCAUCAAAGUAGUUCGUUACUUGAAGAAGAGCUGUCGUAUGACGUGGAUAAUAAAUCACCAGCUGUGAUUAAGAGAUAUGUUAAUAAUCUAGAUACUUAUCAAAUAGGGGAAUUCUUAAAUAAUUAUCAAAUAGACAAGCAAACUAUUAGCUUAAUACCACGAGGAUUGACGAAUCGCAGUAUUUAUUGUUACAUUAAUAGCAUAUUACAAGCUCUUCUUGCGUGUCCUUUAUUCUAUAAUCUUCUCAGAGCUUUGUCUUGUUCAAGAAGUUCACUCAAAAGUUCAUGUACUCCAGUUAUGGAUAACAUGAUAAGAUUUAUAAACGAAUUUUCUCCAGUUUCGGAAGAUGCAAGGUUACAACGAAAAGAUUUGAGGGCGCAAAAAAACAAUGAAGCCACUGCCAAUGAUAUUCGAAUGGGAAUCGCUUUUGAGCCUUCUUACGUGUACACGAUGUUCAAAAACUCAUCAUCGGCUCGAGGAUUCUCCAUUGAUGGUCGACAGGAAGAUGCAGAAGAGUUUUUAUCAUAUCUUCUUAAUAGCAUUAGCGAAGAAAUGCUUGAACUGAUGAAACAAACAAGAAGUGAUUCAACUACUAUUCUCUCUGCCGAAGAACCAAAUGCGAACUGCGAAAACGGAAGUAACGAAUGGAAAGUCAUGGGCCCAAGAAAUAAGGGAUCAGUAACCAGAUGUACUACACUUGGUCGAACUCCUUUAUCAGACAUAUUUCGAGGACAACUUCGUUCUAGAGUUUACCGCCAAGGACAAGAAAGUACUGAUAACGUUCAACCAUUUUUUACACUGCAGCUUGAUAUAGAAAAAGCUCAGUCAGUUCAGAAUGCCCUCGAUAUUCUAGUUUGUAAGGACCGAGUCGAAGGAAUGUUGUGUAGUAAAACUAAGAAACAAAUAACAGCAUGGAAACAAGUUACUCUCGAAGAACUUCCUGCUAUACUUAUAUUACAUCUUAAAUGGUUCGAUUAUAAACUCGAAGGCUGUUCGAAAAUAAUCAAAAACGUCACGUAUUCCAUUGAUUUGAAAAUCGAUAACAAUUUAUUGUCUCCGAAUGUUGCCAAGAAAUUAACUCCAAAGCAGAGACAGUAUAAAUUAUUUGCUGUAACUUAUCAUGAUGGUAAAGAAGCAACUAAGGGUCAUUAUAUAACGGACGCUUACCAUGUGGGUUAUGGGACCUGGGUAAGAUAUGAUGACAGUUCUGUGAGAAGUAUUUUUGAAGUGGACGUAUUGAACCCCAAGAUUCCUCGAGUGCCAUAUUUAUUAUAUUAUCGACGAUGUGAUACUAUUGGAAAUAAUCAGCGAAUCUAUUAGAAACUCAGUUACAAACGAAAAAAUAAAA